AUGUCCAUUGAUGAACUACAGAGUUCAUUGGUGGUACAUGAACAAAAGCUUCAGAGGGUAUGUAGUGACGAUGAGGAUCAAGUUCUGAAGGUAGAAAAGGAAGAUGAAGAUGAGUUAUUGCUAAUGGCAUAUGAGGAGCUCCAUGAAGACAAAAGAAGUGAUGUGUGGGUUUUAGAUUUUGGUUGCUCAAACCACAUUUGUGUGAAUCAAGGUAUGUUUGCAAGCUUGGAUACAACUUUCUCUCAUGUUGUCAAGCUAGGAAACAAUACAGAAAUGAAGGUGAUUGGAAAGGGAGUUGUGAAGCUGGUUUUGAAAGGCAUUAGUUGUGUUAUUGGUAAUGUGUAUUAUGUACUGACACUCAAAAACAAUCUUUUGAGCAUGGGUCAGUUGCAAGAAAAGUGA